AUGGAGGUUUUCAAUCACAAACAUGCUUUCUCACUCAUAUUCCUCUUCUUCUCACCUUUCCUUUCACCAUUUCCAUCCCAAGCAUGCCAUACAGUAGACCAAGAAGCAUUACUCCAAUUCAAACACCAAAUCACCGACGACUAUUUUAGAAUGCUGAAUUCAUGGACACCUUCUUCUGAUUGCUGCACAGCCUGGGAAGGCAUUGCCUGUGACACCUCCGGCAGGGGUCCCAUCCCACAUAAACUUGGCAAGCUUUCACACCUCACCGACCUCAUACUUCACAACAACAAUCUCACAGGCUCAAUACCCAUUUCAUUUCAAAACCUCUUUAGGCUAAAGAAGCUUCAACUGAGUCGCAAUCGCUUAUCUGGUUCUCUCCCUAACCCUGUUUUUGAGUCUUUAGCUUCACUUUCUUUUCUUGACCUUUCAGAAAAUCAACUAUCUGGUUCAAUCCCAUCUUCAAUUGGCAAUUUGGUUUCGUUAACUAUGCUUGAUCUUCGUCAAAACAGCUUCUCUGGUGCUAUUCCAAACACCAUUGGCAAGCUCAAGAAGCUCAAAACUAUCCAUUUGUCAGGAAAUCGAUUAAAUAGUAGUUUACCAAAGUCUAUAGGCGGACUAUCUGAAUAG